CCUGGGAUCCGAUGGCCUUGUUAGGGCAGUGCUGACCUUUCUACCGCAGGAGGAGGAGAGAGGGAAGGGGGAAGGGGCUGCGAAGGAGAGACAGACACACACACAAUGGGACUCUGAGGAGGGAGGGACUCUGCAGGCAGCCGGAGCAGCAGCAGGAGCCGUGGGGCAUAGCAGCCUGGGCGGGUAUGAUCAGGAAAGGGGGACCCCCCCAGAGAAGCCCGGGCCCCCCCCGCCCUUUCCUGAAGAGCCUCUUAAAGGGGCCGGACGCUUCCCCAAUGCACUGUCUGGGAAACGCGAAGCCUGCAGAGAUACAAGUCAGAUCUUGCAACUGAGAGUUUUAUCCCUCUCCCCCUAGUCUGCCCCAGUCCCACAGCAUGGUCCAUGCUUGAUUGUCCAGUCCCCUAGGUGGCAGGUGGGUGCUGGGUUGCAGAAAGGUCCCUGUGGCGUUCACAGUGUUUGCAGUGUCCUCACCAGAUCCUUCUCCAAGACAGGAUCUCUUCCCAAAUCCCUCCCUCCCUCCCUCUAUCCUCUGGCUGGGCAGCACAAGGCAAUCAUCCCCUUGGCGCAGCACCUUGCUUUGAGCAUGUUUAAUUUGGAAAUGUGGCAACAUUUUAAACUCCCCAAAUUUUCGCUUAUGAAAAACAGUCCAGCUAAGUAGGAAGAAAAGAGGGAAAGAAAGAGGAAGGAAGAAAGGAGCAAAGUGGAGAUUCCGGCUUGCUGAGUUUCGAUGGCACCAUGAGUGGAGGAAGGUUUGAUUUUGAUGAUGGAGGAGCGUAUUGUGGGGGCUGGGAAGGGGGGAAAGCCCAUGGCCAUGGCAUCUGCACUGGUCCCAAGGGCCAAGGGGAGUACUCGGGUUCGUGGAACUAUGGUUUUGAAGUGGUGGGCAUAUACACGUGGCCCAGUGGCAACACCUAUGAAGGCUACUGGUCGCAAGGCAAGAGGCACGGUUUGGGGAUCGAGACUAAAGGACGGUGGCUUUACAAAGGCGAAUGGACCCAUGGCUUUAAGGGACGCUAUGGGACAAGGCAGAGCAUGAGCAGUGGAGCAAAGUACGAAGGCACCUGGAAUAACGGGCUGCAGGACGGUUAUGGCACUGAGACUUACGCAGAUGGAGGAACGUACCAGGGCCAGUUCACCAAUGGCAUGCGCCACGGAUACGGCGUCCGUCAGAGCGUCCCAUACGGCAUGGCGUCUGUGGUCCGCUCCCCUCUCCGAACCUCUCUGUCUUCCCUCCGUAGCGAGCACAGCAACGGCACCUUGCCACAGCAGGACUCGCCGGCGGGCAGCCCAGAAAGCAUCCUCAUGUCACCCACUAUCACUCGGGGAGGCUUUGCCCUCAGUCUGUAUGCGGAUGCUGGAGCCAGCAAGCCGAAGAAAGGGGGCCUCUUCAGACGGGGCUCUCUGCUGGGGAGACUAAAGAAAUCGGAGUCCAAAACCUCCCUGGCCAGCCAGAAGAGCCGAGUCAGCUUCCUCAAGAGUGAGAGCGGGAUCAGCUCUGCUGCCAGUGACGCCACCUCCACCAUCAGCUUGGGCGAAGGGGCGGAAGGGGAGGAGUUCCCGCCCUUCGAGUCUGACAUCGAUGCCACCACUACGGAGUCCUACAUGGGCGAGUGGAAGAACGACAAGCGCUCGGGUUUCGGGGUGAGCGAGAGGUCGAGCGGCCUGAAGUACGAGGGCGAGUGGCUGGACAACGUGCGGCACGGCUACGGCUGCACCACCCUGCCAGAUGGCAAGAAGGAGGAAGGCAAAUACCGGCAGAAUGUCCUGAUCAAAGGUAUGAAGAAGCGGGUGAUACCACUGAAGAGCUCCAAGAUCAGGCAGAAGGUGGACAGGAGCAUGGAAGGAGCUCAGAGGGCCGCAGCUAUCGCCCGGCAGAAGGCUGAGAUUGCAGUAUCCAGGACCUCCCAUGCCAAAGCCAAGGCAGAUGGAGCUGAGCAAGCAGCUCAGGCAGCUAACAGUGAAUCGAGCGUAGCCAGGACUAUGGCCAGGGAACUGUCUCCAGACUUCUAUCAGCCAGGCCCUGAGUACCAGAAGAGGAAGCUGCUCCAGGAGAUCAUUGAGAAUGUCGAGAAUGUGGCGAACAUGGAAGCAGUACUGCCACCAACCAAAUCACCACCACCGUCAACCCCUCCAGAAAACCCUCAGCUCCAGGAGAAAGACUCUGACGACCGCAAGGAAAAUCCAGCCCGAAUGCCAUCUCCGAGUCCUGCUGGAACGCCGCCGGAGGCAAAGCGGGCAAAGCAGAGUUCACAGAGGGAUGGCUUCCUCAGCCCCGGCAACUGGAAUGGGGAUCACAGCAGAGACGGGAGCCUCACAGGAAGUAGGUCCAGCACACCAUCCAAUGCACUGUUGGCACAUGGGGAGAAGGCAGCAGCCAGUAGCAGACCUGCCUCACAGAACUCCAUUCGGCUCAGCAAUACCAGGACUUCAGCAGACCAGAUGGAGAUCAAGCCCCUUCAGAGGAUAGUGCAAGAACCUGAUGUUGAAUUAUACCAAGGCUAUCACAGCUAUGCAGUGAGGACCUCCCCAGUCACUCCCCCCUUGGACUUUGAGGAAGAACCAUUCCCUGUCCCCAAAUCACCUACCAAGUCGGUCUCCCCAGAGCCAAGAACUGACGUGAGGGCUAUUGAACACAAAGCAGAACUUCAGAGGAGGGGAGGUACACCCAUCACUCAGCAGGAACCACCACCUGAAGAGAAACCAGUGCCCGAAGUAGAAUCUAAACCAGAGCAGGCCGCGCCAGAGCCCAAACAUAAACAAGAGCUGAAGCAAAACCAUGUAGCCGAGUACAAGGCUGCUGUGAAAACAGAAGCUGCAACUGAAGCCAAGCCUGAGCAAAAGACUGAGACCAAGGCUCUGGCUAAACCUGAACCUGCAGUGGUAGCUAAGAAGGAGCCUUCCCCUGAAGCAGUGACGCAGGAAGUGGAUGAAUUUGAAGAGGGACCUAACACAAUCAUGAUCUGCAUGGUCAUCUUAUUGAAUAUUGGUCUGGCCAUCUUAUUUGUACAUUUUCUGACAUGAUGUGCCCCUCAGUCAAGGUGUUACCAUUGAUGUAGACCAUGGACCUUGGCAGGGAUUAAACUCUUGGACAUAUGGAAACAUCAAAGAGGAGGACUUUAGAACCUAGAGUUGCACCAUAAACAUGAACCUUAAAAUAAAACUUUCAGAUUAUCUGGUUAGCAUCACUGCUCCCAGUUGGUGGGUGACUCUCCAGUCCAACAAAAAGAAGCCUGGAUUUUUGCAACCCUUCCUCGUUCUUUCCUUUGUAGGAACUAGCCAUUGCCUUAAAGUGUUCUCACCAAAGUCACUGAUCGUGCCACGGAAGAGGGAUUUAUCUGUAGUUGUAGAAGCAUGUACAUUUAAGUGCCCUGUGUUCUUUGACUCCCUUGAGGGACCCCGCAUCAGAGAUUUUCCCAGAGAAUGUCAGUAAACGCAAGGAGAUAAUACAAUGCACACGUUAGCCAGGAACAGUCAUAACAGCCAGGCCAGAGCUGGGGAUGUUCAACCACUCCACUAAAUCCAAGAGUAUUAUCAAUCCACUGUUAGCAAAAGCCUUAGGCUGCUUCCCCUGCUGCUACAGAAAUGGAGUUAAAGUAUUUACUAACAAGGCAUAGCCUUGAGGGAACCCAUAGUUGGAAGGCAGUGAAUCUAAUAUCAUCCAAGGUGAAGAAACCAAAAGCAUUUCCUCUCCUGGCUUCCAUAAUAAUUUCCUGCUGAGGGGCAACUGAAAUUGGGCUGAGUGUAAAGCCAGCUAGCAUCCUCAGACCAGAUAGCUGGAUCACACACACUGCUGCUGAAGAACCAGUAGACAGGUUGCAUUGUGUUGUACAUGCUUGACAGAUGGGCUAAUCAGUGGGCACUUGAGUGGGCAAAUACUAGCAGAUGGAGACCAUGUCCGCUUAAGGACUAUGCAGCACCCACACACUGGGUCUUAUUGCUGAGAGAUGUCCAUGACACCAGCAGUUAGAUAGGAUCAUUUUGCAGCAAAUUACUCCACAGCUGUAAUUUAUGAAGAAAUAUUUGGCCUGAAUUCCUUUGUUUCAAACAAACAAACAAACCCCAGUUUAAAUGUUGCAUUCAGAACCUGAUGUAAGUUGCUAUUAAACUAGGCAACUAGCUGCCAAAUACAGAGAUGCCAUUAUUGCGCAUCUCCAGUCCAGUGUCUUCUCUCGCUCAUCCUUGGGCUGCAGGCAUGGCCUUCCGGCCUUGUUCCAACAAAAGGGAAUGGAUUUUCCAAACAAUUGUAUGCAGCACCAUUAAAAUGAAAGAGGUCAGGUAUUUUUGUGAGAAAACAAAACAAGGGAUCCAGUCAGACUCCAGCGUAUCUGGGCCUUCGGCUGAAAAAGACACAGCACAUAGGCUUUAACCAGCAAUAAAAUAAAGAGGGGACAAUUCUAGGCGUUGUUCUGGUGUUGUAGACAUAGAGGCCUUAGCAAUAUGCAAUAAUCCUUACAAAGAACUACAAACUGACAGUCCGACUGUACUUUUGUAAUGAGAUAUUUCCUUCACAAUAUGUUCUGACCCUUAGCAAUACAAGCAUAUAAAGAUGGCACAGAUGAAGUUACAGUUUAGUGAGACUGAGUGCUUGGACAGUUCUUUCUUUUUAAAAUCAAUAUGUAUUUUGUAUCAAUUUCUAAGGUAUUUUAAAAAUGUAUUUACAGUAGAUCAUGCACCUCAUGUACCCUGAAGUCCCACAGCACAGUACCAGCUGGGAGAAAAUGAGAGAGAGAAAAGAAUGGCAGAAAACUGAUGGAUAAAGGGAAAAAUUAAAACAGUUCCAAAUGCCAAUCUGUAAGGAUUUGAGAUACAAUGUGGCAAAUGUGCAGGGGUUAAUGCAGAUUGGAGACACAGGGGUAAAAUCCUCUGUGCAGUUUAGGUAUAAUUUAUCAGUUGUUGAAGAUAAAAUUCAGCUAAACAGGAGUGAUAGUUCUUUUCUCCCCCUUCUCCCCCUCCCCCGACCACAUUUAUUUUGUGACUAUAUUUAGCUCAGGAAUGUUGCCACAGUAGCACUUACAUGGUAUUAAUUGUGGGAGGAGAAAUUAAUUUGAUCCCAGUCUGGAAACCAUGUGUCUGUUCCAGCCCUGAGAAAGCAGAGAAGUAUCUCUUAGGAACUUUCACAGAGCACAGGGGGGUAGCAAUUCAUCUUUUUUGAACCUGUCUUCUUUUUCUAAAUAUAAAUGUAUUGUAAACACCAGGCUCAGUUGCUUUGAAAUUUUAUGACCCAUUUGCUGGCACUUAGUUGCCAGCUGUACCAUUUCAAUAUGCCUGUUGCUUUUUUUAACCACAUAUAUGAUUGAGAGAUCUAAGAGAUCUUCAUUUAUCUCUAAGCACAAAACCGGAUCUUGUAAAAAAUGCUAAGGCGAUUUCUCUCCCAGUUUGUAUGCAUGUGAUGUGCACUCAGUAAUGUGCUUUGUUCCCAGUAAUGUUCUGAGAAAAGUAGAUAGAUUUGCUUUUAUAAACAAAAGCCCUAAGGGGCUACAUGCGCAUAUAUAUAUAUAUAUACACAUAUAUAUUUAUAUAUACAGAGAGAGAGAGAGAGAGAGACAGCCUCUUAGGGCUUUUGUUUCUUUAGCUGCAAAGUAACAGAUUUACCUCAAACUGCAUGCCUUCAAAAAUGACUAGGAUAUUUUGAUAAACUUUUCAGGUCUUACAAAGAUAGAGAUACAUUUCAUUCUUCACAGGACUGCCUUCUUCACAGGUUUUGCAAGAUGUGUACUGUCCAUGAUCGGUGUAAUACCGGCCAGAAUUUUAAGUCAGUUCUGCUGGAUUACGUGCAAUAAUAAACAGUUAUCUGCUCACUUUA